AAUUUCACAAUGUCUGUUUAAAUGUCCCACCCACUAUAUUCAGGAAAUAUUCAGUGACUUUCAUUUUUGAGUCUGUAGCUUUGUUCAAGGCAGCAGGAAGGGACUGAGGCUGUUACCGAUGGCUGAAUACAAGGAUGUACUUAAGGAGAUGGAAUCCGCGGGCAAAGCUAUUGCAGGUAGCUUUAUGGAUAAUUUGGUGAAAAAAAAAGUGAUAAAAUUGGAGAAAGCGAAGAGGGAAAAGUUUUAUGAUGCCAAAACUCACAAAAAGGCCCAAAUCUUGGUGGACUCUCUUCGAGAGAAGUGCCAUGAAGAAGAUCAAAAGCUUACUGAAACCUUUCUUAACAUUGACCAAAAUUCUACUGGUAUGCAAGAAAUCAAGGCUGGACCAGAGGAUUCAGCAGAAUCUACAGAUGUUCUCAAGCUUUGUCCAUCUGAAAAAUUCCUGAGACUCUGUAAAGAAAGAGCUGGAGAGAUCUACCCAAUAAAGGACAAAAAGGAUCGCACUCGCCUGGCUCUCAUCAUAUGCAACAUAGAGUUUCAGCAUCUUCCUCUGAGGAAUGGGGCUCAGUUUGACAUCUCAGGGAUGAAGAGGCUGCUUGAGGACCUGGGUUACAGUGUGGUUGUGAAAGUGAAACUCACAGCCAAGGCUAUGGAGUCAGUGCUGCAGGAGUUCGCUGCUCGGCCAGAGCACAAUUCUUCAGAUAGCACAUUUGUGGUGCUCAUGUCUCAUGGCAUCCUGGAUGGAAUCUGUGGCAUUAUGCAUAGUGACAAAACACAAGAUGUGCUACCUUAUGACACUGUAUUCCGGACACUCAACAACCGCAACUGCAUCAGUCUGAGGGACAAACCCAAGGUCAUCAUUGUACAGGCCUGCAGGGGUGCAAAUCAUGGAGAAGUGUGGUUUAGUGACUCUCCAAUGGCCUUGGCAAACAGCUCUUCACAGUUGCCUGAGAAUCUGCAGGAUGAUGGCAUUUACAAGACCCAUGUGGAGAAGGAUUUCAUUGCUUUCUGCUCUUCAACACCACAUAAUCUGUCCUGGAGAGACAUCACAAAGGGCUCUCUGUUCAUCACACAACUCAUCUCCUGCUUCCAAAAGUAUUCCUGGUGCUGUCAUCUAGAGGAAGUAUUUCGGAAGGUCCAACAAUCAUUUGAAAAACCAAGUGUGAAAGCCCAGAUGCCCACCAUCGAGCGACUGUCUAUGACAAGAUACUUCUUUCUCUUUCCUGGUAACUGAAUAUAAUCCCAUAGUUUUUGACAGCUAAGAGACCACCUGAAGAAGAUGCAGUUAACAUGUGGAAAAUGAUUGCCUGGAACCCAGUUAGUGCCAUUUUGGAUGAGGAAUGUGUAAGUGGAAAUGGAUUAUACAGAACAGAGAAAGAAGCGAAUUCCCCUGUGAACAACACUGAAAACCAGGUUGAUACCACUAAUGCAACACAAGUGGUAGGCAAAAACAUCUUCGAGGCUAUGACCCAGCUGAGUUUAAGUGAGUAAUCCUCUACUGACCUUGUGCAGUUUCUUUAUUUCUUCCAUUUCAAGUGGAGAAUAAACUAUCCUAUCUCUAGAACCCUCUCCACAUGGUUAUCUGUAUUACUUAAUAAUACAAAUGCCCUGAUAUAUCCCAAUCACAUUUAUACCUCUGCAUCUUUUUUUCUUUAAUAAUAAUCUUACUCCAUAAAAGUUGCUUAUUUGUAAUAUUAUGAUUGUACAGCCUCUGCUUGGCAGAGUCAUCUAUUAUUGUUAACAUCCAUUGCUAAAACAUAUGUCUAAAGCAAGUAUAAGUAUUCUUUAAAAAUUUUUAUGUAUUUUUUUAUGAAAGGCAAAGUGAUACAGACACACACACACGGGGGGAGGGAGCUAUCUUACAUCUGAGAGAGAAAGAGAGAGAGAGAAAUUGUCUUUCAUUGGUUAGUUCAUUCUGCAAAUACCUGCAAAAGCCAGGACCAAAACCAUGCACCUGGAACUCAAUCUAGGUCAUCUACAUGGGUGGUAGGGAUUUAAGCACUUGAACCACCAUCUGCUGCCUCCUGGUGUUUGCAUUAGCAGAAAGGUGGAGUCCCGGUUGCCCCUCUUCCAGGCCAGCUCUCUGCUGUGGCCGGGGAGUGCAGUGGAGGAUGGCCCAAGUGCUUGGGCCCUGCACCCACAUGGGAGACCAGGAUAAGCACCUGGCUCCUGCCUUCGGAUCAGCAUGGUGCGCCGGCUGCAGUGCACUGGACACGGUAGCCAUUGGAGGGUGAACCAAUAGCAAAAGGAAGACCUUUCUCUCUGUCUCUCUCACUGUCUGUUCUGUCAAAAAAAAAAAAAAAAGUUAUAAAUGAAGUGCUAAAGCCUGAAGAGAACUUUUAGUCUCUCACUUUCCCUUUUCCACUUCAUUCUCAGUUCCCCUUUAUACCUCUUUCUUUUUUUCUUAAAGAUUUAUUUAUUUAUUUGAAAGGCAUAUUACAGAUAAGCAGAGGCAGAGAGCGAGCGAGAGUAGUCUUCAUCCACUGGUUCAUUCCCGAUGACUGCAAUGGUUGAAGCUGUGGCAAUCUGAAACCAGGAGCCAGGAGCUUCUUAACUAGUCUCCCAUGCCAACGCAGGGGCCCAAGUACUUGGGCAAUCUUCCACUGCUUUCCCAGGUCAUAGCAGAGAGCUGGAUCAGAAGUGGAGCAGGUGGUGGCUUUACCUGCUAUGCCACAGCACUGGCCCCAUACCUCUUUCUUACAGUCUAUUCUAUUCCUUCCCAUUGAUAAUCUAUUCCUCUUCUAUCUUUAUUUUAACCACUUAUAUUUUCUCCUCUUCUUUUUUUCUUUUCCUCGGGUUUACUUUCUUCUCAAGAUACUCUGAAUUCUCCCCUUUAUUUAACUUCCACUAUUGAAAAUAUAACAGAUUAAUAGAUCCAAGAGAAUUGCAACUCCAACGAUAUAACAUGAUUUUACAAAGGAAAUUUUAUAAAUAAUGAAUUCUCCUUUUAUUUACUACUAUCUUAGAAAUUUAAAAAGAAGAAUAGUGAUAGGGUAAGCAUAGGAUUUACAAAGGUUAAUUAAGAGUUGUUUCCAUAUUUCAAGUGAGAUAGUAACUUACAGAUGGUGGGUAUAGUCAUAAAGAUGAUGGCAUGUGGUUAAAUUUGUGAUCUAGUUUUGAGGUAGGAUCAACAGAAUUUUAUUAAUGAACUGAAUAUAGAUUAAGAAAGAGGAAAGAAUAAAUUAGGAGUGUAAGUUUUUGGAUUGGUAACUGGGUGUAUGUGCCAUUUACUGCGUCAGUGGAAACUUAUAUGAAGAAGAGAGAGAUUUGCAGAAGUAGACACAUAUUAAGUGUCAUUUUUUGCAUGUAAUUAGAUGGUAUUUCCAAGAGCAGGUGUUGAAUAGGAAAGCAAAUGUUCAACUGAGCAGUUCACAGAGAAAUCAGGGUUGAGAAUAAAUUUUGGGGUUCAUCAACCAGAAUAUGGUAUUUUAAAAGAAUAAACUGGAAGAUGCCACCAAUAGAAAGUGUUUUGCAUAGGUGCCCAUAUAGAAUAAGCCAACUCUUAGAAUGAUGGCAGAAAAGGAAGAGACAAUAAUGAAGAUAGCUGUCUUAGGGGAAAAUGGCUGGGAAAGUUAGCACCAUAGAAUCAUAGAGAACAGUUGUCAAGAAAAACAAUGUGUUCAACCAUGUGUAAUCUCAGAAACCAACAAAUGGUCAAUGGUAGCAUGAUGAUAAGUAUUCCAUUUAGGAGAUGAGAAUAGCAAGUCAGAUUGCAUAUAAGGAAAAACUAAGUGGCAUAAAAAAAGGAAAUAGUGAAAAUAAACUAUGAGUUCAUUAAAUUUUAUUCAGAGGUGAAUAAGGACAACAGCUGAGAGGAAACAAAGCCAGGACAAGUCUUGCUUUAAAUGAUUAAUAUUAAGGCAUGCCAAUUGGAAUAACAUACUAAGGAGAAAGAGAAAAUCUGAUGAUGUUGAACAUGGGACCGAAUAAACAUCUGAGUAAAAUCCUUACGGUGAGAGAGGACGAACUUCAUAACGUAAGUAGAGGUACUGCCCUCAGCUAGGACACAUUCUUUUCAUAGUCAGAGGGAAAGUAGAAUUGAUGUAUUCAGUGCUCAAAAUGAUGGAACAAUUCUUAUGCAAAAAUACAAGGAACUGAAAAUGUAUUGCUCUAAUGGAAAACACAGAACCAGAGUUACCUCAUAGCUAUUCUCACGGACUUUAAAAUGUCCAUUAAUUAACAAGUAUAAACUUACAAGCUUACCAGAUAUUAUUCUUGAUAUUGGGAAUAUAAAGAUGAGAAAUAUCUCCAUGGAUCAUGUAAGAUUUUGGAAAAUAAGGUAAUCAAGAUACAGUACAAUAAUUGUUUGAGAACAUUUUCAUAUAAGAAUGGAAGCACAGGGAAAGAAACAUAGAAGUAAUGGAAGAAUUUAAGGAGUUACAUCAGGAAAGCAGUUAGAUGUUUCUGCAUGGUCCCAAUGUCAGAAAUACAUGCUAAAGCUUACAAAGCACAUGUCUUAGGAUACACAGCCUUAGAGAACUGUAUUAUCCCUGUCAGUGGAAUUGUCAGAAUACUGAUAAUAAAGUUGAGAUAUUGUAAAUGGAUUUAAAGUCUCCAAAUAGAGACUUGACUAGCCUGGAUGCAUACUGGGCUUCCUUCCAAAUUUUGGGUUUUUUUAAUGUGACUCCAAAGUGUAGAAGAUUAGUUAAUGUCACAGCCACUAACAAAAGCACAGAAAUUUGUGGUGGGAUCUGUAAUAAGCAGAAUUUUAAAAAGGGAGAGGUGUUCAAAAUCUUUGGUUUAGUCACUUUAAAAAUGAACUGAAUGUGUUGUUUUGUUAUACUGUUCAGUGGAAUUGCAGUAUAAAUGCUUAAAGAAUGAGAGCACAGUUAACUGGUCUGCAUUACUGCAGUACAGUGGAUAUUACUGCUUGAUGAUUUCUUCUUUUCUCUCUCUCUUUUAGCUACGCAGAAAACCAUGGGUGCCCAACCCAAUGUUCCACUGAAGCUUUGCCCUCGAAAUCAUUUCCAUAAA